UUAAGACGACGAAUAUACAUGCAUUCUUUUAAGUUGUGUCUGUUCCUGAAUGUUUUAAGCAUUCCUUGACGGCAGUGUAGACGCUCUGGGAAGACUUCACGUGUCUUGACGUUUCCCAGUGUCUGUUGAAUAAGGCUAUCCUGCCUGUGGCUUCCAAAUACCUCGCCUUGGAUCGGCCUGACUGUUGUCAUUACUUUCUCGCUUUUGGUAUUAAGGUACAAUGUUUCCUUUUUUUUUAUUGCUUAUUUUAGCUUGAGAGUGUUGUUGUGUUAUAUUUUCUUACUCUACUUGUUGUAGGUAAGCCAAUGGUGUGCCAAACAUUUAAACAUGUCUGUGAUGUCUAUGGAGGAGUCUCAAGAGGAAGAGCAUUCAAACGUUUUCUUUCAGCUUCUUUUGGAUUAUCUUGGCUUUUCUGCCUCUAGCUUUACUGCUAUUGGGAAAAUAUGUUUUAUGAGAGAUGAGACCGCAGCUGUUACAGUUCGUAAGUUUGUUUCAGAGCAGCUGAUUUUGACAAAGGAGGUGAUAUUGAAUGCCAAGGUAUCUUCAAGGAUUCAUCUUAGUCAUGAAGCUGUUUAAUUAACAUAUGUUCUAUUGUAGUUCCAUAUUUUUACUGUAGGUUGACAUUAGUGUGUUGCAUUGUUGUCAUCUGUUAAUAGCUUUCACUUUAAUUUGGGGCAGAAAGUUGAAUCCUUCUCCUCGGAAAUUUUCAAGGCUGCACACGUGGUGAUAGACUCUGUUGUUCGUAUUAACUGAAGAAGAGGUUUACUCUUCAGUCCUUUCUUCUCAGCUACCGGGAAGACAAUAAUCUGGGAAUCGAUGUUUUCAGCUCUGCUUCUAUCUCUCAAAGCCCUUAUGAUUACUCUAUCUUCAUCUCCUGCCUGGGAAGAGCUUGAAACAUUCUUACUCCAGAAUCUCUUGCAUCCCCACUUCUUGUGUUGGCAGAUAGUUAUGGAACUCUGGUGCUUCUGGGUUCGUCAUGCCACUGAGGAUGUAAUGGCCAAUAUGAUCGACAAACUUUGUGUAUUCAUGAUGUCAAUAUCAACAUCAGAGACGCCGCUUUGUCCUGACUCCGUUCUCAGAAGAACUGCAAAGUCCAUCUGCUUGCUUCUCACUCACAGCCACAAAUCUUUAACAGCUCGAGUUUACAAGAACAUUUCCACUGAGAGCCGAUCCGAAUCUGCAUCGGAUGCAUAUCUAGCCUUGCUGUUAGAGGGGUUUCCGCUGAAUUUUCUUCCAGACCAAACGAAAAACGACGCAAAGAGACAGAUUGUCGCAGACUUCUUUCACUUUAUUGAGAAUUUCAGUGAAAAACCAUCAGAAUCCUCCAGAUACACUGUGCAUGGAGCUCCAGUUUACGCACUAUCUGCCUGCCUUGGGAUACUAAAGACGAGCAUGCCAGAGAUUGACUCCAAAACUCUGAAAUUUGCCAUCGCUCUCGUUCAAAAGCUCAGAAACUCCAAAGAUGAAAUGACUAGGGAUCGUUACACUGAGAUUCUCAGCGAAACACUGUCAAUCAUCUCAAGAAGCGAGCAGCUAUACACUUGCCAAGAGAUGGACAGUGUCAUAACAGAGCUUCAAAGGCUUCUCAUCUCAGAAACUGAUAAGCAUCAUCAUCAUCUCUAUAAAUCAGAACCAAGUCUUGCUCUGUUCUUGUCAGGACUUAUCAAUUACGAGAUGUCUGAAACGGAAACCUGUCCAAAGAGCCGGGGGGUGUGGGAACUCUACCAUUUGCUUCUCAGGAAACGCCACUGGGCUUUGGUACACCACGCGGUUACCGCGUUUGGGUAUUUCUGUGCACGUACGAGCUGUAGCCAGCUAUGGAGAUUCGUACCUGAAGACGAUGCUCUAGCUUUCGACAUAGGUUCUGGAAAAGAAGCAAAAACAGAGCGGUUCAUGUCGGAGCUAAAGAUGUUCUUGGAGAAAGAACAAGCGCUUCUCUCGACCACUCCAUCACAAGAGGAACUCGAGUUACUUUCUAAAGAAGGCAUGGAGGUUAAAGCAACAGUGGAAAAGCUUCUAAAAGAACGAAAGAAGCAGAGAUUAGUGGAAGCAGAGAAACGACCAAACAAGAGAAGGAAACUCCCAGAAGGGAUUUGCAGAGGAGUGGAGUUACUGCAGAACGGAAUGAAGAGGAUCAACGAAGGUUUAAGUGAGCUGGGAUCAGAUGAGAGUGAAGAGUUUCAAAAGAGUUUACUGAAUCAGUUUUCGUGUCUUGAAGAUUUGGUGUCCCAUUUGGUAAGCCUCGCUGCUUCGGACUAA